AUGCCACUGAUCUUGAGUUUCUUGUUCGGGUUGCUGUCGGAUUGCUACCCGAUCUUGGGUCUUCGCCGCAAGGCGUAUACACUCGUCGGUUUGGUGACCUCUGUCGCGAGUAUCUGGUUUCUCGCUGUGUUGAAUGCGUAUGCUGAGUCGUUCGAGUCGGGGACUGCUGGAACAGGGUUGGCUGUUCUCGUCAUCGCGUUUGCGGCGUUUGCCAGUACGGGAAACAUCAUCAUGUACGUUGGUAUCCACACGCGUGUGAUCGAGCUAGCUCAGCGCGAGCCAUUGGGUCUGCGUGGCUCAUUUCUAGCGAUGUACUUGGUCUUCCGGUGCGUCGUGUACAUCAUCACCGACGCGUGUGUGUACGUCGUGCGGUUGUCUGCUACUUCUACAGCGUCUUACAGUACCAGACGACGGCAUUGA